GGCGGCAGCGGCGGCGCCGCUCAGCUCAGGGCAGGCGAAAGGGGACAGACACCGCCGAGCCGGGAGACAGCGCGCCGGCCGCCGCCGCCGUUUCGGGGCAUCCUUCCUCCUCCCCUUCCCCCUCCUUCUUUCUCUUCUCCCUCGCUGCCCUCCGCGGCUGAUCGCUAUCGGCGGCACGAUCGCGGGGCGUUUCCGCGGCGCCCGCGCCCGGCAGUCACCGAAGGCAGAGCCGGCCCCUGCCCUCCUCCAGCCGGGACUGAGGGACCCCCCCGCUCCCCCUGCUGCGGCCCCGCCUCCGCCCCUCGCCCGGGGUUCGGCGGAGAGGGCCCGGCCGCGGCCCCGGCUCGGCUCCCGGCGGCGGCGGCGGGCGAGGCGAGGAUGUCGGGCGGCGGCGGCGGCGGCAGCCGGGAGGAGGAGCGGCGCAAACUCGCCGACAUCAUCAACCACUGGAACGCGAACCGGCUGGACCUGUUCGAGAUCAGCGCCCCCACCGAGGAUCUGGAGUUUCAUGGAGUAAUGAGGUUUUACUUUCAAGAUAAAGCAGCUGGAAACUUUGCAACAAAAUGUAUUCGUGUGUCUAGUACUGCCACAACUCAAGAUGUCAUAGAAACUCUUGCAGAGAAGUUUCGACCGGACAUGCGAAUGUUGUCAUCUCCUAAAUACUCGCUUUAUGAGGUGCAUGUCAGUGGAGAAGAAAGAAGAUUAGAUGUUGAUGAGAAGCCUCUUGUUGUACAGUUAAACUGGAACAAAGAUGAUCGAGAGGGAAGAUUUGUUCUGAAAAAUGAAAAUGAUACUCUUCCUCCAAAGAAGGCUCAGAGUAAUGGCCCUGAAAAACAAGAAAAAGAGGGAGUUAUCCAGAAUUUCAAACGGACUCUCUCAAAAAAAGAAAAAAAGGAAAAAAAAAGGCGUGAGAAAGAGGCAUUGCGACAAGCAUCAGAUAAAGAUGACAGACUUCUUCAUGGGGAUGAUAUUGAGAAUUCUCGCCUUGCAGCUGAGGUUUACAAAGAUAUGCCUGAGACGAGCUUCACUCGCACAAUAUCCAAUCCUGAAGUGGUUAUGAAACGGCGGCGACAACAAAAGCUAGAGAAGAGAAUGCAGGAAUUUCGCAGCUCUGACGGCAGACCAGACUCAGGUGGGACACUGAGAAUUUAUGCGGAUAGUUUAAAACCAAAUAUUCCAUACAAGACAAUCCUGCUGUCCACUACAGAUACUGCAGACUUUGCAGUUAUUGAAGCACUGGAGAAAUAUGGUCUGGAGAAGGAAAAUCCCAAGGAUUAUUGUAUUGCUCGUGUCAUGCUUCCUCCUGGUGCUCAGCACUCUGAUGAUAAAGGUGCUAAAGAGACUAUUCUUGAUGAUGAUGAGUGUCCACUUCAGAUAUUCAGGGAGUGGCCUAGUGAUAAAGGAAUACUAGUCUUUCAGUUGAAAAGACGGCCUGCUGAUUAUAUCCCAAAGAAAUCCAAGAAAAUAACUGAUGGAAAGCCAUUAAAGGGGAAGGAAAGAGUUGACGGGUCUGGCUAUGGCUCUUGCCUUCCUCCUGAGAAACUACCAUACCUGGUAGAGUUGAGCCCAGAUGGUUCUGACUCCAGAGAUAAGCCAAAACUCUAUCGUCUACAAUUAAGUGUCACUGAAGUUGGAACUGAAAAAUUUGAUGACAAUUCCAUUCAGUUAUUUGGUCCAGGGAUUCAGCCUCAUCACUGUGACCUCACUAAUAUGGAUGGAGUUGUUACUGUAACCCCAAGAAGCAUUGAUGCUGAAACGUACGUGGAAGGUCAACGUAUUUCAGAAACAACUAUGCUGCAAAGUGGCAUGAAGGUUCAGUUUGGAUCAUCUCAUGUAUUUAAGUUUGUGGAUCCCACUCAGGACCAUAUUAUUCCUAAAAGACCUAUUGAUGCAAGUCUUAUGGUCAAAGGUCCAAGACACAAAACUGGAGCUGUUCAGGAAACCACAUUUGAUCUGGAGGGAGAUGUUCACAGUGGAACAGCAUUGCCAACAAGCAAGAGCAUCAACAGGCUUGAUGGUGACAGAACAUCAUCAGCAUCCAGCACAGCUGAACGAGGAAUGGUGAAACCGAUGAUUAGAAUAGAACAGCAACAAGAUUACCGCAGACAGGAUAGCAGACCUCAGGAUACCCAUGGACCGGAACUGAUACUACCUGCCAGUAUCGAAUUCAGGGAAAGCUCUGAAGAUGCCUUCUUAUCUGCCAUUAUAAAUUACACAAAUAGCUCAACAGUUCAUUUUAAACUGUCACCUACAUAUGUUUUAUAUAUGACAUGUCGGUAUGUAUUGUCAAGCCAGUACAGACCUGACAUCACUCCUACUGAGCGUACUCACAAAGUCAUUGCAAUAGUCAACAAGAUGGUGAACAUGAUGGAGGGAGUUAUACAGGAGGUAGACCAGGUUGAUCAGAAACAGAAGAAUAUUGCUGGGGCACUUGCCUUUUGGAUGGCAAAUGCAUCUGAACUACUGAAUUUCAUAAAGCAAGACCGAGACCUUAGCCGAAUUACUGUGGAUGCACAAGAUGUUUUGGCACACUUGGUUCAAAUGGCAUUCAAAUACCUGGUUCAUUGUCUGCAGUCGGAGCUUAAUAACUACAUGCCGGCAUUCCUUGAUGAUCCAGAGGAAAAUAAUCCUCAGAGGCCUAAAAUAGACGAUGUCUUGCAUACACUGACUGGAGCUAUGUCCCUGUUGCGACGAUGUAGAGUGAAUGCUGCACUGACUAUACAGCUCUUCUCCCAGCUGUUUCAUUUUAUCAACAUGUGGCUUUUUAACAGAUUAGUUACUGACCCGGAUUCAGGGUUAUGUUCACAUUACUGGGGAGCCAUCAUUCGUCAACAGUUGGGCCAUAUUGAAGCCUGGGCAGAAAAACAGGGUUUAGAAUUAGCUGCUGAUUGCCACUUAAGCAGAAUAGUGCAGGCAACCACACUGCUUACAAUGGACAAGUACUCACAUGCUGAUGUUCCAAAUAUUAACAGUACCUGCUUUAAGUUGAAUUCUCUGCAGCUACAAGCUUUGUUGCAGAAUUAUCACUGUGCUCCAGAUGAACCACUUAUCCCAACAGAAUUGAUAGAGAAUGUAGUAACUGUUGCAGAAAAUACGGCUGAUGAACUUGCUCGCAGUGAUGGCAGAGAGGUCCAGCUGGAGGAGGAUCCUGACUUACAGUUACCUUUUCUUUUGCCAGAAGAUGGAUAUUCAUGUGAUGUUGUCAGAAAUGUUCCAGGCGGGUUACAAGAAUUUUUAGAUCCACUCUGCCAGAGGGGUUUUUGUAGACUAAUACCUCAUCCACGGUCACCAGGCACAUGGACAAUAUAUUUUGAAGGUGCAGACUAUGAAAGUCAGCUGUUGCAUGAGAAUGCUGAGUUGGCUCAGCCUUUGAGGAAAGAACCUGAAAUUAUCACUGUAACACUAAAAAAACAAAAUGGAAUGGGCCUGAGCAUCGUUGCUGCCAAGGGUGCUGGUCAAGAUAAACUUGGAAUAUAUGUCAAGUCUGUUGUGAAAGGAGGUGCUGCAGAUGUGGACGGUCGUCUGGCUGCAGGGGAUCAGUUGCUCAGUGUGGAUGGUCGAAGUUUGGUGGGCCUGUCCCAGGAAAGGGCAGCAGAACUUAUGACAAGAACAGGUUCUGUAGUAACGCUAGAAGUAGCCAAACAAGGAGCAAUUUACCACGGUCUGGCAACUCUACUUAAUCAGCCAUCCCCAAUGAUGCAAAGAGUUUCUGACCGCCGUGGCUCAGGUAAACCCCGACCAAAGAGUGAAGGUUUUGAGCUGUAUAAUAACUCUACUCAAAAUGGGUCACCUGAAAGCCCUCAGCUGCCGUGGACGGAGUACAAUGAACCAAAGAAGCUGCCAGGGGACGACAGAUUAAUGAAGAACAGAGCUGAUCAUCGCUCUAGUCCCAAUGUAGCAAAUCAGCCUCCAAGCCCGGGAGGGAAGAAUGCUUAUACAUCUGGAACUACCACUAAAAUAACCUCAGUUUCUACUGGAAAUCUUUGUACAGAGGAACAGACUCUGCCUCCAAGGCCUGAAGCUUAUCCCAUCCCAACACAGACCUAUACUAGAGAAUAUUUCACAUUCCCAGCUUCAAAGUCCCAGGAUCGAAUGGGUCCAACUCAGAAUCAGUGGCCAAAUUAUGAAGACAAACCACAGAUUCAGGCAGAGAGUAAUCAUUCGAUCAAUACUACAAUGCAGCGUGUGGCUCGUUCCCAGGAAGAACUCAGAGAUAAAGUUUUCCAGCCAGAAAGGAAUCGUUUGGAAGUGGUUAUCCGGAAGGAUGUAGAAUACGUUGAUCAGAAGUCGGACAGUGAUCCAUGGAUGAAUUCAUCUGUGGAUUCUAGCACAUCCAGCCAAGAGCAUCUGAACCAUUCAUCCAAACCGGUUUCCCCUGGUUCUUGUUUAACUAAAAGUGGACCUGGCCGUUGGAAAACGCCAGCUGUCAGCCAGCCAACUCCAGUGGCUAUCUCUCAACCCAUCAGAACAGAUCUUCCUCCUCCACCACCACCUCCUCCUGUGCAUUAUGCAACUGAUUUUGAUGAACUACAAAUGGAUUUGCCUCUGCCUCCCCCGCCUCCUCCAAAUCAGAUAGGAACACAAGCAUCUUCCCAAGUAGCUGCUGCUGAGCGUAAAAAAAGAGAAGAGCAUCAGAGGUGGUAUGAAAAGGAAAAGGCACGUUUAGAAGAAGAGCGAGAAAGAAAACGUCGUGAGCAGGAGAGAAAACUGGGCCAAAUGCGUUCUCAGCCAUUGAUUCCUGCUCAGCCUGUGGUUCCUCCAGUUUCCCUUCAACAAAUGAAAUCGGAAAAACCUUCAACUCUGCAGAGGUCUCAAGAAACAGUAAUUCGAGAGUUGCAGCCCCAACAGCAGCCUCGGACUAUUGAGCGGAGAGAUCUGCAGUACUUUACUAUCAGCAAGGAAGAACUGUCCUCUAGUGAUAGCCUCUCUCCAGAUCCUUGGAAACGGGAUGCCAAGGAGAAGCUGGAGAAGCAGCAACAAAUGCACAUUGUGGACAUGCUGAGUAAAGAAAUUCAGGAACUUCAGAACAAGCCUGAUCGUACAGCAGAAGAAAAUGACCGCUUGCGCAAACUCAUGCUUGAAUGGCAGUUCCAAAAGCGACUUCAAGAAUCAAAGCAAAAGGAUGAAGAUGAUGAUGAAGAGGAGGAUGAUGAUGUGGAUACUAUGCUCAUUAUGCAACGACUGGAGGCAGAAAGAAGAGCAAGGCAGACUGCUGUGCCAGCAAUCUCUGUUCUAGAUUUGUUACAGGAUGAAGAACGCAGACGGCAGCAACAAUUGGAAGAAAUGCGCAAACGAGAAGCAGAAGAUAGGGCCAGGCAGGAAGAAGAGCGACGACAGCAGGAGGAGGAGCGAACCAGGAGAGAGGCUGAAGAAAAGAGGCGACAGGAAGAGGAGUAUUACAAUCGCUUAGAGGCUGAAAGGCGCAGACAGCAUGAUGAAGCAGAACGAAGAUUACUGGAACCUGACGAGCCUGGUCUGUACAGACCUCCGCUUCCACGGGAAUAUGAACUCCCAUCCCCAACCCCUUCAUCUAACGCUCCUCCUCCCCCACCUCAGCGAAACACCUCUUACCUCAAAACACAGGUCCUCUCCCCUGACACGAUUUAUACUGCCAAGUUUGUUGCAUACAAUGAUGAUGAGGAGGAGGAGGAUUCCAAUCUAGCAGGAGUAAAUUCAUACACUGGAUCUACAGGAGCAACUGUUGGGGCCCAUGAAACUUACCGGGAUCCAAGAGACAAAAGAUCUAAAAGUCAAGAUACAGAUUUACCUGGAGCACCAGAAAACUUGACGUUCAGGGAACGCCAACGACUUUUUUCACAGGGUCAGGAUGUAUCCAAUAAAGUAAAAGCUUCUAGAAAAUUAAUGGAACUGGAAAAUGAGUUGAACACAAAAUAAGAUUAAAGCACCUUAUUUAGAUGUAACUGAAAGAUCUCUAAAUUGAGGGCUUGAGAUGGGGGGGGGCUCUGCUAAUGAACAGAAAAUGAAUAUUUUCUGAAAAGAGUUUGAUUCCUCUAUAUCUAAGACUGUUAAUUAAGAUUUAGAGAUGUUGCAAUAGCAAGAAAACUGAUUGCUUUACCAGGAGCUUGUGGUUUAUACAAUUAAAGCACUGUAAAAUUUUAAAGAUAUGAAUCACGUGAAGGUAACUUUCUUUCCUUCUCUUUUUGGGGUUAAGUUCUUGUGCACCAGACCAAGUAGCACUUGUCAAAGAUAAGUUCUGUUUCCUGGUGUUUUACAGACAUACUUUCGUUUUAGCUGCUGAGCAGAGAGAGUGAGAAUAGCUUGAACUGCCUAAACUAAACUGUGCACUAGAUAUUAGUAUUUUAGAUUGAUAAGAAGCCAAAAUCUGGACACCUUAAGACUUCAUAUGCAAGUUGGGCAUACUGCAUACAUAUAUGCUGUUCAUACAGUGACUAGCGUAUCAGUACAGGUCUUAACAUUACUUGGUAUCGGGAUAACUUGUUCUCUAUAUGAAACCUUGGAAUAAAAACAUCUCUACUCCUACAGACUUGCUGGGUCUAAAAUGGAUGCAUAAGAAUUUAUCUGUAGUUACGGAAAGGUUAAUAUGUAGAUACAUCCCCAGUAUAUGUGCUUCAGACUUUUGAAAAUACGAAGAUGAAAAAAUUUGAGGUAUUUAUUGUAUUUGAAAAUUACAUAAGCAAUAGAUAGUAGACUACGUUAGUGUCCCUUUUACAGCUAGGACCAAAAUGCUGGUUGUGUGUUUGUGGCAGGGAGUAACGAUUGCAGUUCCAAAGCUAGCAGAACUGAUACAUAUGUUUUCCAAGGAAGGUAGAGCAGAAGGUGUUAGGCAACUAGACAAAGAACAGUAUCGAUAAGUUUGAUAAGUCUAUUAUUAUCAGUUCAGCAAUAUCUUCCCUCCCCCCGGUAGAGAAGUAAAGUGGCAUAUUAGAGAAAAAGACUGAAGUGUGACGCAUCAAAUAUAGUACUGUUGGCUGGAAGUGAGAAUGUUAGUGAGGUAAUUGAACUGCUGUGCUGGCAGCAAACCGUCUCUACUUAUGUUCAGAAAGUAGUUCUUGCAAGCUCUUUAAUCUGUCUGGCUUUACUAACAUCCUGUUACUGUUAUAUGAAAGAUAUUUUUGGCAGUUCAAGUUAUUUCUUCACACUGUAAUAGCCUUAUUUAAUUUUAAAUUGUUAAUCGUUUUCCUCCCACUGUUGUUCCUUCAGCUAUGCAUAUGUGGCUGAUGAUGCUGGAGAUAAGGACCUCAUCAGAGUUUUCUCAUUGUGUGAUGUUAAGACAAUGUAUGUUGUGAUUCCAAACAAAUUUUCUAUUGACAAAGCCAUUUACUGGCUUUAGAUGAUUUUUUUUCCUGUAUCAUAUUGUUCUCUUAUAAAUAUAUAUUUAGGGAAUUGUGCACACUUCCAAAUACAGAGGGGUAGACUUUCACUGCCUUAGGAAAGAAAUCACUUUUAAUAAGAGUUGUAUGAUAAAUAAAUGCAAGUUAAUGAAAAUUGGAGUGUAAAUAUUUUUUACAUAUUUCAGGUUUCUUAUUUGAAAGUGUGCUUUUACCGUUUCACCUGUUAAAUAUGAAGUAGAAGAUUAAACUGGUUCAAAGUGUUAAUGAAGGAUUUGCAUGCUUGCUAUGUCUGUUAAAUCAGGAAAAGCAAGCCUCUCCCAAUGUAUCUUGAGAACACUAGCAGCCUUACAGUGACAAAUUUUUCUUAAGGGAAAAAAAAGUUAUGCUGUGGCUGAAUUACUGUUGCUGCUAGAAUCUGAAAAAGACUUAGCAAAAAAAAAAAUCUAUAACCUUCAGUGGAGUGGAUUUGGCCGGUAUUGGGCAUUCGGGUCAAGUGUGAAUAUGUGUAAAAGUGCUUUUCUUAUUUGUCUGUGCAUUAAUAUGAAAAACAUCAAAACUGCUGUAGUUUCCCAUUUCUACUGUAUUUCACUUGCAACCUAUUUUUAAUAAAGUUUGUAUUGUAUUUAA